UGACUGGUUUUCAAAACAGUCAAAACAAAAAUAAACAAGUUUUCUUGAGUUCUAAUUUCGAUUGUGUUCUUUAUUAAUGGAUUCACUAUUGAAUUACUAUUACAUCAUUUCAUGAAAAAUGGGACUCGUUUUGAAGAAUUUAGAAACAAUAUCGUUGAGCGACAAAUUGUCCACUUCUUUCGCCACUGAAAUAUGUGAGGAUGGGAGGAUAUCCUUACUUACUGAAAACAAUGUUUAUGUGUAUACUUUGACGAAUUACAUGGAUAAUGAAUUUAGUGAUAUGGCAUUCAAAAAAAAGAUGAUACAUCUUCCGAAAUCAUCAUUGAGAGACGAGUUUGAGAAGGAUUUAACAGAGCUUUUCGAUGAUAUUGGUGGUGAUGAUUUGAACCAAUUCAUGGCUGAAUUAGACAUAAAUAAUUGCCUAGAAUUUUCUGCUUCCACUGACAUCAAACCAUUAGCACUGAAAUGGGGUCCUAAAGGUUUGCAAGGCAAUUCAUUUUGUGUAUUAGCAGUUCUUACUAAUCUAUAUGGACUUUCAAUCAUGGUGGAAUGUAGAGAUGAAACAGAUUCUGUAGAUUUUUGCUGUAUCAGCAAUGUUACGAAAUAUAUAGUCGAACAGGCUUCUAAAGAAUGGGAUUCAGUUAGUGAAGUAAUCGGUGAACUUAGCAUUGAAGAAUGGAAAGAACGUGCUUUAUCUAUUCGACCAAUAGCAUUUGAAUGGAGUCAUCUCAUUAAUAAUUCAGAUGAAACUUAUGCGAUUUUAUUUGUGGCACAUCCAAGUGGUUCAAUCACAUCUUGGAAAUUCACAAAAAUCAGUAGGAGCACUUUGGAAUCAAAACCUCUACAAUUAGAACCCGUGCAAUUUGUAGGAAUGUUUAUUUCGUCAUUAGUAAAUGUUUCCUCCAUGUAUUGGAAGAAACUGGGAGGAAAUGUUGGAGCGCUUUUUUUGGGAAACGAUGAAGGAAAAUUAUCAGUGUUAAGAGUAUCCAAUAUGAAUACAGAAACCCUAGUGUUUGAGGAAGAAAUCUUCGGUAUCAAAGAAACUAAAAGGAGAGUAAAUUACAUAACUUCAAUUGAAUAUAAUCGUUUCACUUUUAUUGUUAUUGCCUUUGAGGCAUUUUUGAGUAUUAUCUUGAUUUUGGAGGAUGGAAAUAUUUUGGAUGAAGUUUCAUAUAAUACAGGAACUAUGGCUACCACAGGACUAUGUCACUUCAAAAAAAAUAUUUUGUUGUUGCUCACAGGAGAAAAAUUAAGGCAACUGACAUUGAAUGUUGAAGAUGACAAAAUACAAAUAAAAGAUGAAAAUGUCUCGGUUGAUUUCGAUGGAGCAAGGUUCAGGAGUUGUGGUCUUGUGUUGUCUAGGAAUAGAAUAUUUCUCGGUAUUCUAGCACAUCCAUGUCGUUUGAAAGAUAUAACUAGGCAUCCCACACCAUCAAAGUUCUUCAUUUAUCAUGAUACUGCGAAAAUACCAUUGAAAAUGAUUCUGGAAAAUACCGAAAAGAGCAUAGCAGACUAUUGGGAUUGUUUUGAAGUUUUGAGGAUGAUAUCCCUGAAAGAAAAGAAGUUCCCAUGGGAGGGAAUCGACAAUUUGGAUUAUGACAAGUUAACAAUAACUCAGUUGAAAUCUUUGAGGUUGAUUUCGAAAUUAUCAGAGAAAGUUUACAAUAUCAUUCCUCAGAUCAAAGGUUACAACAUAAAACCUUACAUCCUUCUCCAUUACUUGGUGACGAUUCAGAUAGUGGUUCAGCGAAUGAGGAGGUUGUUGAAUGAUUUGUGCCAAGGGAAACAGUUGUCACUUUUUCAAAUGCAAAGCUUGGAUAUCAGCAACAUGUACUUGAAAGAAAUGGUUUUACUGAAAAUACUCGAGAAAUGCAAAGUGGGAGAAAGAUUUGUCGAUGAUAUAAUUGGUGUAAUGGAGCUCGCUAAUGAACUAGAAUAUCCCGAUAUGCCUGCAUGCUUCUGGUGCCAAGAAAAGAUUAUAGGUCCAAACUGCCUACCACCUCACAAAGAUAGCCGAUGCGUCAUAUCAAUGAUGCAGAUUUACCUAACACCUGGGUACAAAUGUCCAUUGUGCGGGUGUGUGGCACAUAUCGAGAUGGAAAAAGAAUAUGAUAUUGUGACAUGUCCUUACUGCGAUGUUCCAAUGUACGAGAGGUAUUCAUCGAAGAAUGUCCAGAAUGCUUUGGAAAAAACGGAUGUGCUCACUAGGAGGAAAAUGGAACUUUCUCUCAUGAAGGAUGUCCCCAAGAAUAUCGAUAUGUGUUUUGAUGGUGACGUGGAGGAAGAUGAUACUCUGGACGUUGUUGAAAAUGCUGUGGACUAUUUGGCAGUGAGUGAUAGUGAUGAAGAAGAAAUCAACAAGGAAAGAAUGACUAGUCUCUAUAACGAACUUUUUGAUGUGAAUAAAACGAGUUCAGAUCGAACUGAGAUGAUAGAUGAUUUAGAAGGUUUAAAUGCCCAACAAAAUGAUCAUAAGGGUGGCAAUUAUAAUGAUGAAACAAGAGAAGAUGAUAGUUCAGAAGACCAGGCGAAAGAAGAUGAUAGUUCUGAUGAUCAGCUGAAGGAAAAUGAUAGUUCUGACGAUCAAGAAGAAGAAGAACUUGAAAGUUGAUUUUCAGUUCAUCAUAGAUGUAUUUGUUGAUAGUUUUAAUAAAAUGAAUUUUUUACAUA